UUUGUUUACUCUUCGGCUCCUCACAGGCACGGCAGCUAACGUCGCCAAAGAAUUUGACGUCACCACUUACGACGAACUGAAAAUGGAGCUUAUCGACAACCUUCAUUUCGUCGCUACUCCUGAAUCUGUGUACCGCCAACUCCGCAAUCGUCGGCUGCAGCCACAAGAAUCUGCCCUCCGCUACCUGUUUGAUAUGCAGCGCAUAGCUGGCCAAGCCGACAUUCCUGAUUCGGAACUGAUCCCGAUCGUCAUCGAUGGAUUGGGAAGCCCGUCAAUUACUUCAAGCCUGCACUUCAUGCCCCUCACGAUGGAAGAUUUCCGGAAGAAGCUGAAGCUUUUCGAGUCUUGCCGUCAUCUUCGAGCCAUCAAGCCCCCUUCCGCCGUUGUUCGGGCCCCGAUGAACAGCCGUAUGGAACGGCCCCAAACGUCGCAGGAACCUGUCCGCUGCUUCAACUGCUCCCGAUUUGGACACCUUCAGAGUGCCUGCUCCAAGCCGAAGCGCCCACCCGGCGGAUGUUUCCGCUGUUUCCAGACUGGGCACGUCUACCGCAAUUGCCCUGAACGUCGGGCCAACGCUACUGUUGAGGGCGGUAUUAGCUCGGAGGAUACUCUCGGCACAAACCAAGAGGGAGUCCUGUGAGCUUCAUCAGUGACACAUUAGUACCAGCUAGGCUGCUAGGACCUCUUUCAACAACUGAAUACUGCACUAUGGUUAAGGGACCACUUUAUUCUCGAGGACGCAUUAAUUGCACAAUCCAGUUUAGGGAUCAUUCUGUUCGACAUUCUUUUAUUAUAUUACCUGGAAUUGCGUGGCCUGUCAUUAUUGGUCGCGAUUUACUUAAUUCUCUUAACAUUUCUCUUACUUAUUCAUCUUUUUCAAAAUCAUGUAUUACUAAAACCCCGUUGACGGAACUUGAAGAAGUUGAUACAACUCUUCCAGAAAAAUUAGAAGAUGCUAUUAGGAGUAUUUGCUCGCUCGAUGUAAUCGAAGCCGAAAAUGAACUGGAUUUAGGAGAUACUCUAUCCUUAGAGCAGCGUUCAAUUGUUAUUUCUAUUAUCAAGAAUUCAUACCUCAAAUAUAUUUCAAACACUAAACCACUUGUACAUCCAAUGAAAAUCAAUCUAACUCAUGAUACACCAAUAUUUACUAGGCCGCGAAGACUCUCUUAUGGUGAAAGACAGCAGGUUAAGCAAAUUGUUGAUAAACUGUUAGCAGAAAACAUCAUCCGGCCCAGUAAUUCUCCUUAUGCUUCUGCGCUUGUCCUCGUUAGGAAAAAGAGUGGCGAGGUUCGUAUG